AAUUUCGGCCUUCUCGCUCCUGAUUGGCCGCGCUCGCGCUGAUGUGGUGUUCCGCAGUGAACCAGUCGUUUUCGGACCGAACCUCAGUCCAACUGUAGUUCGGAAACAUGCCUGUCUUCCAGACGUGGGACGAGUUCGCUCGCGCGGCAGAGAAACUGUACCUAACGGAUCCGAUGAAGGUCCGAGUGGUCCUCAAGUACCGGCACUGCGAUGGAAACCUCUGCAUCAAAGUCACCGACAACGCCGUGUGUCUGCAGUACAAGACGGACCAGGCCCAGGACGUCAAGAAGAUCGAGAAGCUGCACGGGAAGCUGAUGAGACUCAUGGUUUCCAAGGAGACGCACAGCGGCGCCAUGGAGACGGACUGACGGCUGCGCAGGACGAGUAGGGCGUCUGCGCAGACGUGCUGUGCUGGCGGAGCGUCAGAGGAGGGCGCUAUAUUUAUAUCAUCUCUGUUUAUGAAAACUCUAUUUUUUGGGGGGUGGGGGGUCUAAAUGGCAGCGUUUGGUUUCCUCACAAAUUUCUGCUGCUCAUGCCCCCCCACCCCCCAGGCCUUUUCUGAGGAAAGUUCUGUAUUAAAGUUCGGUUCCAUUUGUG